AAGCAAAGGCUCAUUAGGUGGAUAUUAUUGCUACAAGAAUUCCACUUAGAGAUUAGAGACAAGAAAGGAGCGGAAAACUUGGUGGCGGAUCAUUUAUCAAGGUUGGUGAAUGAAGAGGUAACAAACAAAGAAGAAGAGGUUUUGGAAUCAUUCCCGGAUGAAAAGUUGUUCAUGGUGGAAGAAAGGCCGUGGUUCGCUGACAUGGCUAAUCAUAAGGCAUCGGGUUGGAUGCCGGAAGAUUGGAGUAAAAGUGCAACAAAGAAGUUUCUCCAUGAUGCCAAAUUCUAUGUGUGGGAUGAUCCAUACUUGUUCAAAAUUGGUGUGGAUGGUGUGCUAAGAAGAUGUGUGACGAGAGAGGAAGCAAUGAGAAUCUUUUGUGACAAUUGUCAAAGAAGUGGUGGAGUGAGUAAAAGGAAUGAAAUGCCAUUGACAAAUAUGUUAGAAGUGGAAGUGUUUGAUUGUUGGGGAAUAGACUUUGUAGGACCAUUUCCUUCAUCUUUUGGUUGUGAGUAUAUAUUGGUUGUGGUUGAUUAUGUUUCAAAAUGGGUGGAAGCAAUAGCAUGUCCGAAGGCGGAUGGAAAGACCGUAAUCAAGUUCUUGAAGAAAAACAUUUUCACAAGGUUUGGAACACCAAGGAUUCUCAUUAGUGAUGGUGGCUCACAUUUUUGCAACACACAGCUUGAAAAGGUCUUACAACAAUAUGGUGUGAAGCACAAAGUAACCACGGCCUAUCAUCCACAAGCUAAUGGUCAAGCCGAAGUUUCCAACCGAGAAAUCAAAAGAAUCUUGGAAAAAACAGUUUCUUCGUCAAGAAAGGAUUGGUCACAAAAGUUGGAUGAUGCUUUAUGGGCUUACCGUACGGCAUACAAGGCACCGAUUGGUUUUACUCCAUUUCAAAUGGUUUACGGGAAGAGUUGUCAUUUACCCGUAGAAUUGGAGCAUAAGGCAUUUUGGGCCUUGAAGUUGCUUAACUUUGAUCCUAAGGCAAGUGGUGAAAUGAGAAGAUUGCAAUUGCUUGAAAUGGAAGAAUUGCGAUUACAAGCCUAUGAAUCCAACAAAAUCUACAAGGAAAAAGUGAAGGGGUAUCAUGAUAAAAAGAUUGUGGAGAAGGAGUUCAAUCUGGAUGGAUAUUCCGGAUACAAUCAAAUCGUAGUCAACCCAGAAGAUCAUGAGAAGACAGCAUUUACAUGUCCAUUUGGAAUCUUCGCAUAUAGGAGGAUGCCAUUUGGACUAUGCAAUGCCCCAGCAACCUUUCAACGAUGCAUGCAAGCCAUAUUCUCUGACCUUAUUGAAAAGAGUAUUGAGGUAUUCAUGGAUGACUUUUCAGUGUUCGGAAAGACGUUUGAUACAUGCUUGAACAAUCUGGACGUGGCACUUGAAAGGUGUAUUGAGACCAAUUUGAUUCUUAAUUGGGAGAAGUGCCAUUUUAUGGUAACAGAAGGAAUUGUACUCGGACACAAAGUAUCUUCAAGAGGACUUGAAGUAGACCAAGCCAAGGUGGAGGUAAUUUCAAAGCUACCACCUCCAAUAAAUGUCAAAGGAGUACGAAGCUUUUUAGGUCAUGCAGGAUUCUACAGAAGGUUCGUUAAAGAUUUUUCCAAGAUUGCCAAACCUUUGAGUAAUUUACUCAAUCAAGGUACGUGUUUUAAUUUUGAUGAAUCUUGUGUUAAAGCCUUCAAUGACCUGAAAGAACGGCUAGCUACCGCACCUGUGAUAGUAGCACCAGAUUGGAAAAACCAUUUUGAACUUAUGUGUGAUGCUAGCGACUAUGCCAUAGGUGCGGUGUUAGGCCAACGGAAAGGAAAAAUUUUUCAUGUCAUACACUAUGCAAAUGGAUAUUCCGGAUACAAUCAAAUCGUAGUCAACCCAGAAGAUCAUGAGAAGACAGCAUUUACAUGUCCAUUUGGAAUCUUCGCAUAUAGGAGGAUGCCAUUUGGACUAUGCAAUGCCCCAGCAACCUUUCAACGAUGCAUGCAAGCCAUAUUCUCUGACCUUAUUGAAAAGAGUAUUGAGGUAUUCAUGGAUGACUUUUCAGUGUUCGGAAAGACGUUUGAUACAUGCUUGAACAAUCUGGACGUGGCACUUGAAAGGUGUAUUGAGACCAAUUUGAUUCUUAAUUGGGAGAAGUGCCAUUUUAUGGUAACAGAAAGAAUUGUACUCGGACACAAAGUAUCUUCAAGAGGACUUGAAGUAGACCAAGCCAAGGUGGAGGUAAUUUCAAAGCUACCACCUCCAAUAAAUGUCAAAGGAGUACGAAGCUUUUUAGGUCAUGCAGGAUUCUACAGAAGGUUCGUUAAAGAUUUUUCCAAGAUUGCCAAACCUUUGAGUAAUUUACUCAAUCAAGGUACGUGUUUUAAUUUUGAUGAAUCUUGUGUUAAAGCCUUCAAUGACCUGAAAGAACGGCUAGCUACCGCACCUGUGAUAGUAGCACCAGAUUGGAAAAACCAUUUUGAACUUAUGUGUGAUGCUAGCGACUAUGCCAUAGGUGCGGUGUUAGGCCAACGGAAAGGAAAAAUUUUUCAUGUCAUACACUAUGCAAGCAAGGUGCUAAAUGACGCUCAAGUCAAUUAUGCUACCACAGAAAAAGAAUUUUUAGCUAUAGUGUAUGCUCUUGAAAAAUUCAGAUCCUAUCUCAUUGGGUCAAAAGUGGUGAUUUACACUGACCAUGCAGCCAUAAAAUAUUUGCUCACCAAACCGGAUUCGAAGCAAAUGCACCCAGCCAAGAGAGUACGCACAAAGUCAACAAGCUCAGGUCCUCGCGGAUCGCGUGCUACGGGCAACCAAUCUGAGAAGUUUUUAGGUCGGGCUCAAGCCGACAGGUUCAAGAUUCUGGGCUCUAGAACCAUCUUGGCUGAGAAAGUUGUUGUAACUCGGGGAGAUGAGGAUGGCCUUUAUGCUAAUUUGUGGGGUUUUCUAGAAGAAAGGAAUUGGGAGAAGGUGUUUGAACCACACACUGUAAUUGACUACGACAUAGUCAAGGAAUUUUAUGCCAAUGCCAUCAAGACUACUGAUGAAUCUGUCGCGUAUUCAUACCAAUCCUAUGUGAGAGGCAAGACUGUGGCAUUCGACAGAGAGUCAAUCAGUGAGUUUUUAGGGGAACCUUUCCAAUUGGGUGAGAAUGAAAAAUACUUUUACAGGCAAAAUGUCAACAAUUGUGCCAGCAUGGUGGAGUUGAUGACAGAGACAAUUUGUGAUAGGGGGCGAGGACCAGAGCUUAGUCGGCAAGGGAACCCAACCCACUACAACAGGAAGAAUUUGAAUAUUCAAGCAAGGGGAAUUCUAUCAGUGAUCCUCUACAACAUCCGGCCAAGGACUCAUGUCACUACCAUUCCCCUUGAUGUGGCUUUCCUAAUAACCGCAAUCAUGACGGAAAACACUGUUGAUGUCGCCUUCAUCCCCUCGCAGGAAUUGCGACGAGCUGCUUUGAGUGACACACAACAUGGCAUUAAUGCCAAAUGUGUGUUGCCAUUACCUGGAUUGAUUAUGGGUCUUUGUAAAGACGCCGGAGUGGAAAUUCCUGGACAGGGACAUCACGUUAUUAACACUUUUAUUGAUGAUGUUUUUAUUGACAGGUUUUGUGCAAAGCCAUACUACCGGGAUCAGGCAGCCGAUUCUCCUCCAGCUGGCCCUUCUGUUCCUGCAGCACCCCCUCAGGGUGGUGGUACAGGUGCUGAUGCAGGUGGUACUGCUGGGGCUGAUAACCAAGGCCAGGAGAAUGAGGCGGAUAUUGAGGCUGAUAUUGAUGCCAUGUUUGUUUGA